AUGGCCUGGUACAGCUCCGGCAGCACCAACGAGGAGCUGGUCGAGAACCUCUGGCGCUCCAACCUCAUCACCACCCCCCUCACCAAAUCCGCCUUCCUCAAGGUCGACCGCGCCAACUACGCCCCGUCCGACCCCUACGCCGACAGCCCCCAGCCCAUCGGCCACGGCGCCACCAUCUCCGCCCCGCACAUGCACGCCCAAGCCGUCGAGACCUUGCUCCCCUUCCUACUCCCCAAAGAAGGACAAGAAGAGGAAAAAGCAGCCGCGCGGAGCGGCAGCAGCGUGCCUAACGUCGUCGGCCAGGCCGGCCGCCCGAGACGCGUCCUCGACAUCGGCAGCGGCAGCGGCUAUCUGACGCACGUGCUAGCCGAGCUGGUGGGCGACACGGGGGUGGUCGUGGGCCUAGAGCACAUCCCGGCGCUGCGGGACCUCGGGGAGCGCAACAUGGCGAAGUCUCGCGAGGGGCGGGCGCUGCUGGACAGCGGGCGGGUGCGCUUCCGGGUCGGCGACGGGCGCAAGGGGUGGUCGGAGGCGAGCCCGGGGGCCGCGCAGCCGGGGGUCGGCGGGGAGGCGGCGCCGAGCGCGGCGGAGGAGCGGGGGGACAAGAAAGAAGAGGCUGGGGGGUGGGAUGCGAUCCACGUCGGGGCGGCGGCGGCGGAGCUGCACGACGAGCUGGUGCGGCAGCUGCGGAGCCCCGGGCGCAUGUUUAUCCCCGUGGAGGCGGAGGACGGGUGGGACCAGUAUAUCUGGAUCGUGGAUAAGGAUGAGCAGGGGAAUGUUAGGAAGGAGAAGUCCGUUGGGGUUAGGUAUGUGCCGCUGACGGAUGCGCCGAAGUAA